CCAGUGGGCUGCCAGCGGACACGCAACAUCCUGUCGUCUGUUCCAAGUAGAGAGGCUGCAAGCUGCUCACACGUGCAGGCUACUGGCAGAUGUCUAACAUGGAUCCUGAGGAGCUGUGUUUCUCUUUGUAAGAAAAAGGAGAAAGAGCUGCUAUGUCCGAGAAGAAGCCCCAAGGUUCAGACGCUCGCCCCAAGUGUGGCCUGCGCAGUUGGAGUGCUGACAGUUACGUUUGGCGAGGAAAGAAGCGCUCAAGAAGUUCCCGCAAAGCAUCCAGCGUAGGCGGGUGUGACACAGAGGGAUCCGAGGAACUUGGGUUGCGGUCCACUUCCUGUCCAAGGAAGCGCAGAGAGAGAAAGUGCAGCUGCAGCACUGCGGGAGAAGACAUUGACGUGGUUUGUCGAAAGUCCUUGUCCAGGCGCUCCUUGCGGCAGAAAUUCCAGGAUGCGGUUGGACAGUGUUUACCUCUGCGGUCCCAUAACCAUCAUCAUCAUCAUCAUCAUCAUCAUCAUCAUCAUCAUCAUGCACAGGCAGCCUCGCGGCCUUUCUCCGUGCUAUUCUGGUCCAAACGUAAGAUUCAUGUCUCUGAGCUCAUGCAGGACAAGUGUCCUUUCUCGCCCAAAUCUGAACUGGCCCGCUGUUGGCACCUUUUUAAAAACCACGCCGCCCAUCCAAGCGCCCUCGAGGACCUGGAGGCUCACCUCAAACUGGGUGUCCCCUCCUCAUCCGCACAGACACUCUCCUGGGAGGAUGUCUGCUGCUCCCCUCACGAACCCGGAAGCAGCGCUCAAGAGGCCUGGGACCUCGCUUGUCCGCUCGACGGCGCAGAGGACGUCCGCAGCCCCGUCCUGGUUCCGGAUCUCUUGCAGAUCAACAACAGCUCCUGCUACUGGGGGGUGUUGAACCGCUUCGAGGCCGAGGAACUGCUGGAGGGUCAACCGGAGGGGACCUUCCUGCUCCGGGACUCCGCCCAGGACGAGUUCCUCUUUUCGGUCAGCUUUCGGCGGUACAGCCGCUCUCUGCACGCUCGCAUCGAGCAGAACGGCAAGCGUUUCAGCUUCGACGUGCACGACCCGUGCAUGUACCGGGACGCCAGUGUCACGGGGUUGCUGAGGCACUACAGCGACCCUGCUACUUGUCUCUUCUUCGAGCCCCUGCUCUCCAUGCCACUACCCAGGACCUUUCCUUUCUCCCUGCAGCACCUGUGCAGGGCGGUGGUCUGCAGCCGCACCACCUACCAGGGUAUAGAGAGCCUGCCACUUCCCCCUCAGCUAAGGGACUACCUUCGACAAUAUCACAUCAAGUGUCAAGAGGCCUGUGCGGUGUGACGUAAUCUAACGUGGGAGAGUAUGCUUUACAUACAAGGAAUGAUGUUGUAUUAAUGGCAAUAGAUGGAUAAACAGGUUCAUUACCGUAUUUUUUGGAUUAUAAGUCGCUCCGGCAGAAAAUGCAUAAUAAAGAAAGAAAAAAAACAUAUAUACGUCGCACUGGAGUAUAAGUCGCAUUUUCGGGGGAAAUUUAUUUGAUAAAAUCCAACACCAAGAAUAGACAUUUGAAAGGCAACUUAAAAUAAAUAUAGAAUAGUGAACAACAGGCUGAUUAAGUGUACGUUAAAUGGUAAAUGGGUUGUACUUGUAUAGCGCUUUUCUACCCCUUUUUAAGGAGCUGUCACGCCAAAUUUCUUCCCCCUACAAAAACUUUCCCCCCGGAAGAUAUUUGGCGUUCAUGCUUGAAGGACCCCAAUGAGGGUGGAAGGACCUUAAAGCAGCCCACACAGCUGCCUGUUUUAAAAGCAUUAUAAUUGGCUUGAUUGUCAUUGGUGAAAAAUAACGGUGAGGAAAAAAUAUUAGCAUUCCAGCAUGCUAACCUUUCAAUCUAUUUUUGCUUCGCUAAUUUUGCAGCUGUAACCCUUAAGAGUCAUAUAACUUGGUAUUGUUCCGCUCUCAUUGGGGUCUUUCAGGCAUUGGAGGAGCUUCCGGGGGGAAGGUUUUUGUAGGGGGAAGAAAUUUGGCGUGACGGAGCCCAAAGCGCUUUGACAAUAUUUCCACAUUCGCCCGUUCACACACACACUGAUGGCGGGAGCUGCCAUGCAAGGCGCUCAUCCGGGCCCAUCAAGAGCAAGGGUGAAGUGUCUUGCCCAAGGACACAACGGACGUGACCAGGAUGAUAGAAGGUGGGCUUGAACCAGUAACCCUAUGUUUGCUGGCACAGCCAUUCUACCAACUUCGCCUCGCCGUCCGCAUAAAUAACCAACUGAGAAGGUGCCUGGUAUGUUAACGUAACAUAUUAUGGUAAGAGUCAUUCAAAUAACUAUAACAUAUAGAACAUGCUAUACCAGGGGUAGGGAACCUAUGGCUCGCGAGCCAGAUGUGGCUCUUUUGAUGACUGCAUCUGGCUCUCGGAUAAAUCUUAGCUGACAUUGCUUAACACGAUAAGUAAUGAAUAAUUCCACUUGUAAUCACAGUGUUAAAAAUAAUGUUCAAAAUAUAAAACAUUCACAUGCAUUUUUAAUCCAUCCAUCUGUUUUCUACCGCACCCAUUCAAGAAUUUGCGUUAAUGGUAAGAAGUUAUUUGUUUAUUCUUGGUUAGUAUGGGGCUUGCCCUCGAGGGGUUUGUCAGACCACCAAGGACCAACAUGAGAGCCUGUUUCAGGGUUACAACAUUGUUUUAUUUUUCAAUAAGUCUCUCAGUUGCUUUCCAGCAAUUGUAUUUUUCUCUUUCGUUUUCGCUCACGCUCUGGCUCCAGCCCCAACCCCGUCUCUCCUCCUGGCUGCUGCUUAUAACAGAGCGACAGGUGAUUAGAUAACAAGGCCCAGGUGGGCCAUCCACGCACCUGUCGCUGAUUUUGAGGCCGGUCCUGGCACACCCCAGUUCGCUGCAGGCCAGCAGGCCGCGCCCCCUCCACAGUUAGCUCGAGAAUAACAAUGUUAUUACAAAGAAUAAGAGACCUAUAAUACUCUAUAAAUGUUGGUCUUAACAAUGCACGCGUUUAGUUUUGUUCAGUGUAAAAAAAAAUAUUAUAUGGCUCUUACGGAAAUACAUUUUAAAAUAUUUGGCUUUUUGGCUCUCUCAGCCAAAAAGAUUCCCGACCCCUGUGCUAUACGUUCACCAAAUCUUGAAAUCUUUUUCCUCGAUGUCGCUUCUAAACAACUCUGCCAACUCCAAAGGUAUGCGCCGCUUCCGCUUGUCGUUUUCUGCUGCAUAUUUCACUACGUCCAGCUUCAGUGGCGUAGUGGUUAGAGUGUCCGCCCUGAGAUCGGUAGGUUGUGGGUUCAAACCCCGGCCGAGUCAUACCAAAGACUAUAAAAAAAAUGGGACCCAUUACCUCACUGCUUGGCACUCAGCAUCAAGGGUUGGAAUUGGGGGUUAAAUCGCCAUAAAUGAUUCCCAGGCGCGGCACCGCUGCUGCCCACUGCUCCCCUGCACAUCUAGUGUGUGUGUGACAAUCAUUGGUACUUUAACUUUGUAAUCUGUUUUACAUGAUUUCCUUUUCAGUGCCAUUUUUGUUCAGCCCUUCUCAGUUUUUAUAAGUUACCGCCAACGAUGAAAUGAUCCAUUUUAAUAGCUACAGCAGUAGCAUAUAGCAUAUAGCAGUUAGCAUUCCAUGACCCACAAUGCACUUCUGCCAUGACCCUCCAAUUCUUAUUGGUUGACGUGUGUGUGACGAAUACUGACAUUUUCUUCGUCUCUUCCGCGAAUGAGAGAAAAAAUAUUGUUUGAUAUUUUACGGUAAUGUGUUAAUAAUUAGACACAUAAGUUGCUCCGGAGUAUAUGUCGCACCCCCGGCCAAACUAUGAAAAAAACUGCGAUUUAUAGUCCGAAAAAUACGGUGUCGGCAACCUUCAGCAUACAAAGAGCCAAUUAAGUCCAUUUCCUCCUAAACUAAAACCCACCAACAGCCGCGAAUUCUGUCCGAUUCCUAAAACGACGAAAAAACUACUUAUAAUUUCGUUCCACUUAUGCCAGGGUUAGUGAAACUAUGGACCUCGAGCCAGAUGUGGCUCUUUUGAUGACUGCAUCUGGCUCUCGGAAAAAUUAUAGCUCACAUUGCUUAACACGAUAAGUAAUUAAAAAUUCAGAUGGUAAUCACAGUGUAAAAAAUAACGUUCAAAAUAUAAAACAUUCUCAUGCUUUUUAACCCGUCCAACCGUUUCUACCGCAUCUGUUCAAGAAGCCGCAUUAAUGGUAAGAAGUAUUUUAUUUAUUAUUGGUUAGCUUCAGAAUAACUCUUAUUUAAAACCCUAAGAGCCUUGUUAUACUCUAAAAAUGUUGGUCUUACAUAAAAAUGCACACAUUUAGUUGUAUUCAGUGUAAAAAAAAUAUUACUUGCCUCUCACGGAAUUGCAUUUUAAAAUAUUUGGCUUUCAUGGCUCUCUCAGCCAAAAAGGUUCCCGACCCCUGAUUUAUGCUAUUGAAUUUAUUAAAUCAAACGCUUGACAAACACGACUCACGUUUUUAUUUCUGCGUACAACGAAGAAAAUCACCAAAUUAUUUUGAACACCAGAAAAAAAUACACUUAUCCUGUCAAAACGUGGACUUUGAGGCAGUUUACUACGUGGAUUGUUUUCCCGAGAUGCAAAAGCAUUGGACCGGACAUGGCGUGAAGGUUCAUCCAUCCAUCCAUAUUCUUCUGCUUAGCCGAG